CCGAAUGCGAGUGCAGCUCAUUUGAGCAUCUAACAGCGGCCAUUUAACAUUUGCUUUGCAGCCAAACAGCAGCACAACAGCGCAAAUUUAUUGUAGUACGCUAACGGUUUUUAAACGGUACAGUUACAAUUGAGUUGUCAACCGUUACGGACGCAAGUUCUGAUUAGGAUCUGUGUUAUUAAAAAAUUUGCUUAAAACGCAAAUAAUUUACAAGUUAUACGUUGAACGCGCGUCGCCGUCGUCGUCCACGUAAAUUCCACUCACACAUACCACAGCAAAAGUCGCCGCCAGCAGCAGCCGCAGCGGAUUAACCUUUAGCUACAUUUCUUUCCAAACACAACAAAAACCAAAACCCAACAACAAAAAUGGCCGAUCAGCUGACAGAGGAACAAAUCGCUGAGUUCAAAGAGGCGUUCUCGCUAUUCGACAAAGACGGCGAUGGCACCAUCACAACAAAGGAAUUGGGCACAGUCAUGCGCUCCCUGGGACAGAACCCCACAGAGGCUGAGCUGCAGGACAUGAUAAACGAGGUCGAUGCCGAUGGCAACGGUACAAUUGAUUUCCCAGAAUUCCUUACCAUGAUGGCACGCAAAAUGAAGGACACCGAUAGCGAAGAGGAGAUUCGGGAAGCCUUCAGAGUGUUCGACAAGGAUGGCAACGGCUUCAUUUCAGCGGCCGAGUUGCGUCACGUAAUGACAAAUUUGGGCGAGAAAUUAACAGACGAGGAGGUCGAUGAGAUGAUCCGUGAGGCUGAUAUCGAUGGUGAUGGUCAGGUCAAUUACGAAGAAUUCGUGACUAUGAUGACAUCGAAGUGAAGCGUUAAAUUAUUUCUUUUUAAGCCUUUCUAUUUUUUUAAGAUGUUGACGAAGACUGUAGCUGUGCGCAAUAACAUCGCGCCGCGCUGUUGCUAUGGACCCCAGUAAAAGAUCUUAAAAAAACAACAAAGAGUUAAGCAAAAAACAAAACAACAACAAGAAGAAGAAACAUAAAAAACAAACCAACAUUUAAGAAACUUAUAAAAAAAAAUGAAAAGAACUUACACUUAAACGAAGCAUAAACUAAAAAAGAAAAGAGAAAAGCAAAAAGCAAGAAAAUUUAAACAAGCAAAAAAUGAGAAAAAACCCAGAAAAAUUACAUGAAAAAUUAUAUAAAAUACAAAACAAAACAAAACAAAACACACUUAAUUUUAAUGCAAAAAGCGAAAAAGAAAAGAAACCAACAACAAAACAGCAAAACUUAAAGAAGUCACCGUUUAAACAACAACAAAAAGCAUGUUAUAAGUAAACAACAACAAAAAUUAAACUACUACACUUAACUACAGGCAUACCACACUAAAACGAACAACACGACAACAACAACAAACAAACAACAAACAAACAAACAACAAUCAGAGAACUUUGAGCAAAUGCCAAGGCAAAGCGCGCAGCGCCCUCUAGCGGGAGAGCAGCGCCAGCUGGCGGCGAACAUUUGAACUGUGUAAAACUAAAUUGUUUCAAGUAUAAACACAAUUUGUCGAAUUUGUUGCAAAAAUAAAAAAAAUGUUUAACAAAAACAAAUAUGAAAACUAAAACAAAAUCAAUUUGUAAUUUUUGCAAAAAUUAAAACAAAACUGGCAAAGUUUAUAUAGACACCAACAACAGCUCUACACACACACACACAUACACGUACACAUACACUUCACACACACACACACAACACACUCACACACACACAUGUCAAACAACCAGAAAUAAAAUAUAUUAUAAAUACAACAUAUAUAUAUUAUAAAUAAUGUAAAAUCAAACAACAACAAAUUCUUCUUAUUAAAUUAUAUUUAAAUUUAAAAUUAAUAAAUAUAAAAAAAAAAAACAAACAACAAAAAUAAAAAUUACAAAAAAAAAACAACAAAACCAACUAAAAAAAAAAUACAUUUUCGAUAUAAAAUUAAAUUAACUUAUGCAGUACAUAUAUAUAUAUAUAUAGAUAUAUAGAUAUAUAUAUAUGCAUAUGUCUGGUAUCCGACUGGUCCAGAGUCCAGCUUUGGCGCGCUGAGGAAGUGUUUUUUUCCAACUCAAAUGUUGGCAGUUGAGGUUCGGUGAGGACCCUCACCACCCACCACCCGAGGGGGGUGAGGUCCAGUGUUUGGCAGCGUUAUGCAACAAAAAAUGAAAAAAAUUAAAAUUUGUAGUCUACGAAUUGUCUAUAUAUACAUAUAUAUACAUAUACAUAUAUUGAUAUGGAUAAAUGCAGCAUUAAAUAUUAAAAAGCAAAUCGCUAAAAGAGCAACAACUACACAUUUCUCUAGUACUUAAGAGGCAGCAAGAACAAGUUUAACUAACCUAUAAAUAUAUAUAUAUAUAUACUUAAAGAAAAAUGAAAGAAAAUUAACAUAAUUUUAUUAUAAAGAAUAUACAAAUUAAAUAUUUAUAUGCGGAACAGAAGCGGAGAAGCAGAACAAGAAGAUUUCAUCAAACACACACAUAUAAAAAA